CCUAGUUUUGGGUUCCUUCAUCAAAAAAAAAAUAAAAAUCCAAUAGAAAUAGAAAUUAAAAUUUUAGCUAUAUUAAAAUCUUCAAAACAAAGUCGUCCCAAUGUCUGCUUGUUGUGAAUUAUACAUUUGUAGUGUUCCAGUGUUGGCUCCUUUUUAUGGAGCUUUUUUAAAUAGCAAUAAAUAAUUGAAAAACUAAGAAAAAAAAACAAAUCAUCAUCAUCGUAUACGACAUUUCCAAAUUUCUAUUAUGUUACAAGAGAACGGGGAGGAAUAUCAGAAGGAACGAUUUCUAUAUAUACUAUUGAUGACAGUGAAUGUGUCCAUAGCAUUUGUGAUAAUGUUGGCGGCGUGUCUAUGUUGCAAGAAAAAAUUGCCAAAGAAUGAUCUUUUGGGUCUGGAGGGCAUGGUCAAACUGAAAAAUCCCGAUGAAGUAAUUGUGAUGACACAAUUAAACAACAGUGAAUCUCAUGCGGAUCUGAACAACUCUACCAUUUCUCAAGGAGACUCGGAAAAAAGGGCUAGUACAGCAGCACAUCGGUCCUUACCCGAUAUACCAGUGGCGGAGGCAAAUGGUGACACCGGCUCCGAGUUGUAUGAAACUGUGGCUGAUAAAAUGCUUAUGGAUGCACAAAAUCAAAAUAAAAGUCCUGUACCCAGUUUAAAGAAACAGAUCAGUGUUUCCCAGCAUAGUUCCAUCAGUCAAGCAGAUGAUGUAAGCUCUCCCUAUUCAAGAGUUAAAAACUCUCCCCAUGAUUAUGCCAAGGUGCGUCCUACCGAACACCCGUAUGCCCAGUUAAAUGUCCCAUCGACAUCGCACACCACGUCUGCAGCUGUAUCAGCAAAUUCCAUUGUAGACGGCGUCAUUGUUCAACAGCCGCAGCAACAACACCAUGUCUCAGGUACACAACUAUCCAACAACAACAACGGUGAAAUUCAUCAACAGCGUUCUUCGCAUCACAGUGAUAAUUCACAGCAUGGUAAUGAGAGUGGCGUCAGCGUUGGUCAACAAGCGGAAAUACCUGCUGCGUCUGCUAUCGCUGGCAUGAUUUCGGCCAGUCAAGAUUUGCCGUAUAUGACACCACCAAUAGCAAAUCAACAUUUUAGUGGUGAUUCCCAAGAUUCCUCAAAAGGCUACACCAGUAUCAGUGUACGAGAACCUUUGGCGAACAUUUUAGCCCAACAACCUCCGCCUCAACCAGUAGCCCGUAAUGCAGCACAUUCACGUGAUGUUAAUGACUCACAUUAUGCGACGGUCUCAGAUGAUUCUGAUGAAACAUACGCCGCCAUUGAAGAUCCCAACAAUCGACCGCAGGCUAAUGUCGCUACUGAUAUUUAUACCAGUGGUUCUGAAACAUAUGCCCAAAUUCAACCAAUGCAGUCGCCCAACUCCAUGGUAGUUUCGGUCGAAAUCAAUAAUGCCUUUGCUCCCUCUAUCGUUCCGGUAGCAGCAAACACUAGCAGUAAUGUUGGUGGCACAGCACAUCAAAAUACUUCAACGCCAUCAUCUCAUACAGAUGCGCACAAUGCAUCAUUCAGUUCGCAGCAUUCCACAAAUACUGUGGUCGGUUCGGUGCGUGCAAGUUUAGAAAUAAUAACAACAACACCAAUACCACCACCCGUUGAUAGUUUAAGAGCACAAAUGCAUUCGAGGCAGGCCUCAGCAUCAUCUAAUAACAGCACCUCAUUGUGCACUUUGGGUUCGCCCAAACCGGAAAAACGCCAAGCCAAUUCACCGCUACCGCCAACACCAAAGUCAAAUGUUUCCUCCACAAGUCAAUUGCAAGCCUUGAGUUCCACCAGCAAUUUGACAUCAGGCCGCAACUCAGUGAUAUCUGUGAUCGAAUGUGCGGGUGAACUGAAUGAGGAGACUCUAGCAGAAUUAGCACAAGAAGGUUCGCCGCAGAGAAGGAAUAAAAGUUUAAGUCCCUCCAAGGAUAUAGAGGGCAUGUAUGCCAAGGUUAUGAAGAAAAAUAAAUUCUCUCGCAAUUCCCCCUCAUCGCAGAAUAGUUCACCCGUUAUGCAACGAAAAUAUGCCCCCGAUGAUAAUGCUUCAGCUUUGGGCAUUAGCCCCUUAGAUUCAAUGGCAGCUGAUCUCUUGGAGAAUCAUAGUAUUAUUAACUCAACCAGUGAACGCAGUCGUUUGCGCAGCAAUAGCUAUGGAGCUUCUAAAGAUCAUGGCUAUGAGACCAUACCCGCUGACACCAUGCGUACAAAUUCCUCACAAGGUGUUAUAGAAAAUCGCAAAUCCGAUUGUUAUACUCAUAUUUUACAAAAAGAAAGGCAGCGUGAAAAUGUUCAUACCUCAUCCGUACCACCGAUUAACGUCUAUAAUAUACAAUUAAACAAUAGCGAUAAGCAUUAUGAAACUAUAGCCCAACCGCCUAAUGCAAGUUCAAAUGAUCCUGGUUAUGAGACUUUGUUGAAGCCAAAAACCAAUCGCCCACAGCUGCAGGAUGACAAUGAAAAGAAAUCUUCCGACUACGAUCCCAACUAUGAGGUCCUUAAGGGUCCCAGUGGAACGGCCACAAACUCGGCUGGGGCCUCUGACGAUGGUUAUGCUAAGGUUUUGGAGAAGAAACAUUUAGUUGUGGAUGAAGACACCAUAGACGGGUAUAGCAAGGUAAAGGGAGAAGACGGUGAUGAUAUGCGCAACUUAGCAGCGGCAGGUUAUAGCACCAUAGCCGAUGUGAAAAGACCAGAUGCCAAUCACAACUAUGCCAGCAUUAUAGAGACAAAACGUGAAGCGGCCGGAGGUGAUCUUGACCACCACCAACACCUUGAGACUGACAGUGAUCAUUAUGCUCGCAUUGCUGAGAAAAAUGAGCCACCAUUACCACGUACACCGCCCAGCUUACCGCUAAGUGCUUCCAAUAAAUCAAUGGUAGAUGAAUUAUUAACACCACGCACCACAGAACUAUCCAUAACAUCACCAACGUCCAUAACAAGUAGUUCAAUGCUUAACACCACCAGUUCAAUAAAUUCCACUUCCACAAAUUUAACAACCACUAGCACAAUUAGUUCUCGCCAAACACCUACCUCAUCUUCUCAAUAUGAAUCCCUUACAGGCAGUGAAACAGAUCCCAACUAUGAAUCGGUAUGCUACCUAAACACCUCGUCGGGUGGCCAAGAGGAGAAUCCCUACGAGAGGCUAAACACUGAGAUUUCCGAUGACACCCAAUUAAGUAGUAACCCCCUAACGCCAGAGGCCAUCUCUACAACCAGCUCGGCGGCGCAAACCCCUUCCGCCCAUGCCCAUGCCAUCAACGCCUCGCCAGCAGAACAUAAUAGAAUUCUGACUGCAACAACAGCAAUAGCCGCAGCUGCAAAUGGUUCCAAGCUAAAUCUAGCCCAAGAUACAACUAAUGAUAUUUUGGUUAAUGACUAUUUUCAAGUAUAAAUUGAAUAGUUAGCAGAUGAUGAGACACUUAGAUAGACAGACAGACAGUGAUUCCAUUGAUUAAUUUAUAUUUUUACAAGAUAUACAAAAACUAAAUUUUACUAUAUAAGCAACAAAAAAAAACACAUUAAGGCAUAGAUAUCAAUCACUGAAACAAAUAGACGGACAGACAGACAGACAGACAGACAAUUUAAGAUAGUAUAUACGCGUAUUGUAUAGUAAAUUCCAACAGACGGACACUUAACACAAACGGACAAACAUAUGAAACUAGUUUAGGGCUUUUUUGCUUAGCAAUUAUUAAGUAUUGGCACGAACAUAUCAUUUCAAAGACGAUACAUUUUUUUA